UAAGUAAAUCGUACAGCGGUGCGCUAGUGCCACCUAGUGGGCAUCCUCAGUAUUACAUGCUCCUGGCCGCAUGAAGGCAGCAGGCAGGCGGGACGAUGCUGCAGGAGAGACCGGGGACGCGGCCCGGAGUGCUUCUAUGGCGGAGGCGGAAGAUGAGGCGCCAGAGAGCUGCCUGGAUGUUAGUUCGGAGUCUUUCAACCCUCUCCUGGCCCUUUACUCCCCGCAGACUCCGCUGCCGUUCCCCGAUGUGCGCUGCUUUAAUAACUUGGCGGAGUAUGAGAGCUUUCUGCGCGGCGGAGGCAGGGGAAGGGCCCGGGGGGCGCAGCCAGGCCGAGCGGCAACGCGGAAGGGUAGAAAGCCCGCACCGGACCCGGAGCGCAUAGAGAGGCUGAAGCAGCUGAUGGUACCGGGGGAAGAGGGGAAAGUUCCAGUCAGACCCCGCAGGAGCCGACCCCCCAAGAAUGUGCUCACACGCAUGCCCUUACAUGUCGGUAGCCCCCUGGGGGAGCUGAACCGCUGCAUCCAGGACAGGAUCCGGAUUAAAGUUCACAUCCGCACAUUUAAAGGCCUGCGGGGAGUUUGUUCUGGGUUCAUCGUUGCCUUUGACAAAUUCUGGAACAUGGCAAUGGUUGACGUGGAUGAGACCUACAGGAAGCCUGUCCUGGGCAAAGCUUUCUAUAAUGAGCCCCAGCUCACCCUCACCCGGCUCUUUGAUAGGCUACAGAUUCAGGAAUCAGGGUCACAUGACCCUGCAAAGGGGCGACCCAUUCAGACGUUACCAGCUGGAUCUGCAGAAGAUCUCCCUCCACCUCCCAUUAAGAAGUCUACUCAGCUGCGUGAAAAGACAACUGGGCCAGUAGAGCCGUGCCCCCUGGGGGAUUCUGGGAUCAGACCCAAGCAGCAGAGGAGGAAUAGGAAAGAGAAGGUGGAUUACCAGCAAGUGUUCAGCCGCCAUCUAAAACAGCUCUUCAUCCGAGGGGAAAAUGUUCUAUUGGUUCAUAUUGCAGAGUGACAUUGCAGUAGCGCCACUUAGAGGAUAACAACAGCAUAAAACUGGCGGAAUGCACCAGUGGAGAGCAGGAGAAGGUACCGGGUUAUUCCAUUUCCUCUCUGGGGGUAACCGAGAUUACUCUGUGCUCCACUAGGGGGCAGAAUCACAACUGGAUUGGUUUAACUGCAACUGAGUGACCUCCAAGCCACAUGGCAAGAUAUUCAGGGAUUAAACUGGCAGCCCUUUAGCCAAUUGGAUCUACAGCUCCCAGCAUCCUCAGCAGCCUGGAUCUGAGGAGGGCCGGAGUGUUAAAGACAGAGGGUGCCCCGCUGCCUUGGAGAAAGCAAUAAUGGGUUUAAAACUAUUUUUCUAGGGCAUAAAAAAAUUUUUUUUUUUGGAAUGUUGUAUUUUUAUAAUAAAUCUCAUUUCAAGUUUUGUUAUA